AUGGCGGGUCGUCACCCACAGGCUGGGCCCAGCAAACCCCUGAGGGCCCAGAAAGGGCAGAAGCAGCCAAGGGCCGCGGUGGCUGUCAGGGGACCCCCAUCGGAGGAGGAGGACCCCAGGGUGAAAUGCAAGAACUGUGGGGCCUUUGGUCACAAGGCAACCAGCACCCGGUGUCCCAUGAAGCACUGGGAUGGGGCCGUAGCCCCCCAGCCCCUCAGCUCCAAUAAGAUGAAGGAGAACCGGAAACUGUGCUCACCUGGGGAUGCCAGGAACCCAGGGUCCACAGCCCUGCCUGCCAAGGAGAAGGAGCAGAGGCCCAGCCAAGAAGACCAGCAGAGACAGGCUCUGCUCCAGAGAUAUCCCAGAAGACCCCUCGGGAGGCUGCAGCCAUCCAGGAAGGAUCAGGAACAAAUCUGUAACUACCUGAGGCACCCACACCAGCCUAUGCCAGUCCACACGACCCAGAGGAUAUGUCUGGGAGACAUUGGUCACACCACGAGUUCCCCUGACAGAAAUCCUGAUGAGAUAUCCACAGUGUCUGCCAUCCACAGAGCUGAGAGGAGCAUCUUCUCACCAACGGUGGCACAGGCCAAGCACCCAGAUGUGAAAUCACCAAGCAUGGGACAGGCUGCUGCUCACAGUUCUGGCCACAACUCCCAAGUCAGCCUCAAGGCCCCUGGUAAGAGGGCUGCAGAGAGCCCUGUGCAGACCAGCCAGAACCCCCUAAAGAAGCCCAGACUCAGCUCCUGCCCAGCCCCCCAGAAGACCAUGCCAAGGGCAGACCCAGAAGGCAAGGCCAGCCCUCUCAGAAUGGUCCUGAGAAGGUUAAAGGGAGGCCAGUGGAGCUCCAGGCUCCUGAGCACUCCCUCAGUGCUGCCUGCUGAGGGCCCUGCCCCUCCUGCUCAGAGCCCUCCCUCCCCAGGGAUGGCAGAGGCACCCUACGCCUCUGAGUCUUCAAGUGCCCUCUACGAAGACCUACAGGUCUCCUCCUCCUCUGAGGACAGCGAGGACCUGCAGGACUUCUCCUUCUGGGAAGACACUGAUGACUAG